AUGUCUGAGGGACAGGGAAGAUACGUAAGAAUAUUGAUUAAACCCGGCAGUUCCAGCCCUCCGAGUCAUGGCCUCUUUGGACAAUCAACGACUGAAUCGGCCGUGUCGGAAGGUUUGAUUUCAGAUGGUGCUGGUGGAGGUCGCCCGUCCAAGAUUCGAGUGCGCAUUCAACAACGGAGCUCCCGUUUACUUUCUCUUUUGGGCCUUCGAAGCCCCAUCACAGUUGUCAAGGCGACCAACUCGCCUGACACGGCCAGUGAUUCACAAUCCGAAGCCGAACCCGCUUCACAUCAAAACAGCCCGUCCCAUCAAAAGCCCCAUCACGACAUACCGAUCCGCAACAGUGUUGAACAGGUUGAAUUACCAACGAAGGUCAAGCAAGAGAAGAGGGGCGGAACACGGCAGACAACGGAUGAAGCAAUGGAGGCUCCUACAAUCGUUGAUUUGAAACGGAGCCAGUCUACUCCAGUCGAGCUCGCAAGAGUCGUUUCCCUGAAAAUAUCCACAACCUUUGGCAGUCCCACGGUUAUUCGCCGUUCACAUCUCAACCAGCGACCAAGCGUACAGGCUCUUCACUUCCAGACGUCGUCCAUCUCGCCCCUCAAUGCUGCCGCAGUUGAUAGCUCCAGCUCGUCGGUUCAUAGCAGCAAAGGCUCCCCCGUUGACAGCUUAUCCACGGCGCCUACCUCUCCUUCUCCUGGAAGCUCGCGUCGUUCUGUAGAUGUCAGCUGUGACCACCCUGCAAAUUGCCGGCACCAUGCGUCUCAUCCCAAUCUGAGGGGCAGUCCGCUCAGUCCAGUCAGGGAAUUACCGAUCGUCUCACCAUCAAUCCUAACGGCAGAGGCAGCGGCCAAUGCAAAGGUAUUCUUCGAGACAUAUUUCAACACGCUAUAUGCAGGUGUUGAUACGCGCACACAACGCCAGUAUGAACUAGAUCAUUAUAUCGCCUCUCUACCUCUGAGUACUGAAGAGCGGUUGAGGGUGAAGAAGCAGUGGGUUGCCCAAGAGCGUGAAUACCUCCGCCAGUGUCGCGUUCUGAAGAGUCGAUCACACAGCGGAAGCUCUCGGGAUGAAACGCCAUCACUCGCCGGCUUUGAGGUUAUCAAGAUUCUAGGUAGGGGUAGCUUUGGGGUUGUCCGCCUGGUGAGAGAGAAAGGAGCAGCUACUUCUUUGCCUGCCGCCGAGCAGUCAAUUGGUCGUCACAAACAUUCCUCGGAACAGACACAGGCUCUUCGUCUUGCUCCCAAAAGCAACCACCGACAAGCUAUGACUGGGAUGAAGAAGGACGUCUUUGCGAUGAAGGUGAUCAGAAAGUCAGUGAUGAUCCGGAACAGCCAAGAAGGGCACCUACGCGCAGAGAGGGAUUUUCUAGUUGCUUCUGCGAAAUCCCGCUGGAUUGUCCCUUUAAUAGCGAGUUUCCAAGAUCAUAGCUAUCUCUAUUUGGUCAUGGACUACAUGGUCGGUGGCGACUUUCUUGGUUUGCUGAUGCGCCAUAACAUUCUAUCCGAGGACAUCGCGCGGUGGUAUAUAGCAGAGAUGAUUCUGUGUAUUGAAGAGGCACACCGGCUUCACUGGAUUCACCGUGAUGUGAAACCUGACAACUUCCUGAUUUCUGCUUCCGGGCAUCUGAAGAUCUCAGAUUUCGGGCUGGCUUUCGAUGGACACUGGGCUCAUGAUCAAUGGUACUUUACUUACCAGCGCCACUCUCUUCUCAAGCGACUGGGUAUCCAGGUUGAAGGGGAUAUGGAAGAUCAGAAAGAAACUCAGCAAGCAACUAAGUCCGCCUCCGGGGCGCCUCAAGAAGAUGGAAGUUUGGAUGACGACUGGAUACAUCCCCCAGCCAGUGGUCUUCUGGGUUGGCGUGACCGGAACCAGAAACGCAGGAUGGCACGAAGCGUUGUGGGAACGAGCCAGUACAUGGCGCCAGAGGUUAUCCGAGGCCACCCAUAUGAUGGCCGAUGCGACUGGUGGAGUGCUGGUAUCAUUCUUUACGAGGUAGUUGGUUCCUCCAGUGCCUGUUAUCCAGAUGGCUAA